AUGGAGGCGCUGAAGCCGCUCUUCUUCUUCUUCUUCUUCUUCUUCAUGACGGCGCUGAGCUCCGAGUGUGAGUAUAACCUCUGAAACCCUGAAUCGUGGCGCUCUCCAAUGAUACGCCGAGUUUACCUGCUCCGUCCUUUAAACUGUGAAUAUUGAGUGUCUGUAAAACGAGUAAAAGGUCUGAGUGACGAAAGUUUCUUUGUAGUUUAAUCUGAGAGUUUGAACCUUUAAUAAUCUUAAUUUCUUUGUAGUUUAAUCUGAGAGUUUGAACCUUUAAUAAUCUUCAUUUCUUUGUAGUUUAAUCUGAGAGUUUGAACCUUUAAUAAUCUUCAUUUCUUUGUAGUUUAAUCUGAGAGUUUGAACCUUUAAUAAUCUUCAUUUCUUUAUAGUUUAAUCUGAGACUUUGAACCUUUAAUAAUCUUAAUUUCUUUAUAGUUUAAUCUGAGAGUUUGAACGUUUAAUAAUCUUCAUUUCUUUGUAGUUUAAUCUGAGAGUUUGAACCUUUAAUAAUCUUAAUUUCUUUGUAGUUUAAUCUGAGAGUUUGAACCUUUAAUAAUCUUCAUUUCUUUGUAGUUUAAUCUGAGAGUUUGAACCUUUAAUAAUCUUCAUUUCUUUGUAGUUUAAUCUGAGAGUUUGAACCUUUAAUAAUCUUCAUUUCUUUGUAGUUUAAUCUGAGAGUUUGAACCUUUAAUAAUCUUAAUUUCUUUAUAGUUUAAUCUGAGAGUUUGAACCUUUAAUAAUCUUAAUUUCUUUGUAGUUUAAUCUGAGAGUUUGAACCUUUAAUAAUCUUCAUUUCUAAGAGUUUUAAUAAACUCAACAACAGAUUCUCAGGAUCAUUUCAAUCAUAUCUGAUGGUUUUAGAUCGAAAACAUUUUCACUAAAUGUGGUUUCAGGUUCAGGUUCCUCAGAUCUUCUUAAACUAAGGAUGUCAGGAUGUGGUUCUGGAUCAUCUGAAGGUCUUCUCUGAAAAAGUCCUGGUCUGGAUGGACACAGAUGUUCCUCCUAAACCUUGAGAUGUUGUUUAAAAUUGAGGAUGCAGCAUCUAGGAUUUCUAGUCUUGUUGAAAGGACAGCUGGACUUAGUCGAGACGUUUGGCCUGAGACGAAACGUCUCGACUAAGUCCAGCUGUCCUUCUUCCUGAAGAGAGUUGGAGUUUGGAGUUCUUGGACCGGUGAUAUUAAACCCAUGCGGUGAUUCCCACUCCAGAGUUCUGUCAGAGACUGAAUGAUCUGAUCUUGUGUCGACGAUGAAAUCAGGAACUUUAUCCUGAAACUGUUGAACUGUUCGCUCACGCGGUCUCUCACAGAGUCCUGAACCUCUGAGACGCUCGGCCAAUCAGAACUCACCUCAGAAGUCGGAGAUGUGAACAUUAGGAUCUGUUCGACUCUGUAAAAAUCCCUGAGUCUACGGUCAGACUGCAGCUCAGUUCUGAUUGGUUCUGAUCCAGAUAUGUAUCUGAUGUGACUGCAGUGUGGCGCUCAGGUCGAGUUCAUCCGACCUUUACGUCAUCACUAUGAGACAAACGUCACCAUUGUUCAACGACACAAACAGGAGCGGAGAACAGUUUGUGAGCAUGAGGGUCACUUCACAGACACAUCCGUUGUUGUAACGUAAACAACCGCACAAAAAGAUCGGAUUUAACGAAACAACCGAAUCGUGGAUCAGAACCUGCAGAGAGAACGUAGACUAAGACUCUGUUCGACUCUUUGGGACUCUGUCAGACUAAAUCUGAUUGGUUGUUCAUAAGCCGACCGUGAUUGGUCAGGAGUCUGUCGUUGAUUAAAACUGAAAUAUUUGAUUUUCUUGAACAAAAGUUUUUUAUUGAACUUUAAUCUGAAGCACAAAAUAAUCAGAUUGUUGAUAAUCUGUAAUUCAGAGAAAUUAACAGUCAAAAGUGAGGAGAACAGACUUUCUGACAUGUUAGCAAACAGGCUAAUGACCCCACCAACCGCUAACCUUAGCAUGCUAACAGUUAGCAUGCUAACAGUUAGCAUGCUAGCUGCCAAACAUCAGGAAGUGAGUGACUGAACGUUGAGGGUCAGUUCACCAAGUCCAGCAGGAAAAACGUCAGCAGUGUACUUCCUGACACACACACACACACACACACACACACACACACACACACACACACACUCUGAGUUAAACAAUGAGCCGCUCCAUCACCCCCCCCCCACCCCCACUUUAAGUAAGUUUGAAAUAAACGAGAUCCAAACCUCCUGACUCUACAGACCACCAGGGGGCGCUGACUCCUGAUGUUGAUGGUUUCUUACUGAGGAGACUGCAGUACCGUGAGUGUCCACUAGGGGGAGAUCCAGACCAAUGCUGAGUAACACACCUAUUCAGGUCUUUAGAAGACCCCCCCACCCGACUGAAAGAGACCAGACCAGAAACUGAGACCAGGACCAAGAGAUCUCAGGAAACCCAGAGAACAGAGAUCCACACUUCAGAUCUGUAUUGGGGUCUUUGGCGACACCUAGUGGUCUAAUCUCUCCUGUCACUGAGUCAACGGUGGCCAUCAAGGACCAAAUAAUGAAGAUGACGACGUUUUUUUUUUAUUUAACGUGGGAUUUAAGUUGACGGCUCUGAAAUAUCCAGUUUUUCAUUGUUUUGGUAACACGAGCUAAUGUUAGCAACGUAACGCUAAAGAGAGACGACGUUAAAACGACUUCGUACAAACGACUUCGUACAAACGACUUCGGGAACAAAAAUUCACCAGGACGAUUUAUUUGGAAAAAAAAGAGAAAUGAUUUUUCUUCAGAGGGAUUAGAGGAGACGGGAUUACAGAUUAAACUGUCUCUCUUUAAAGGUGUAGUCUGUGUCCUUACAAAGGUGGAGGUUGUUUAUAAUUAUAACCCCACCCACCAUGUUAAAGUUUCCUUUUUUUUACCUUUCAGACACGUUUCCUGUGACAUCCACCUUUGAUGCCUCCACCUACAAACCCCUGAAACCCUCAAUCACAGGCUCCUCCAUCACCAUCUCUGAUACAGAGGGACCCCACCCAGACAGCAGUCCUGACCCCACCACAGGACACCACCCACCAACACCUGAUGACACCUCAGGACACCACCCACCAACACAUGACCCCACCUUAGGACCCCACCCACCAACACCUGAUGACACCUCAGGACACCACCCACCCACACAUGACCCCACCUUAGGACCCCACCCACCAACACCUGAUGACACCUCAGGACACCACCCACCCACACAUGACCCCACCUUAGGAACCCACCCACCAACACAUGACCCCACCUCAGGACACCACCCACCAACACAUGACCCCACCUCAGGACACCACCCACCCACACAUAAAGACACCUCCGGACACCACCCACCAACACCUGAUUCAGCUCCAUCAGACCUGAAUUGCACAGGUGGUGCUCGAACAGUACGAUCAGCUCCACAGGGCGGCCAUGUUGGUUCCUCCUCCACCUUCUCCAUGACAGGUGCAUCACAAAGGUCAGAGGUCAUCACAAAGGAGAUAAAUGACUUCACCUCCACCUCCACCUCCUCAGGUUGGACCUCAGGUCAGGGGCGACUCUCUUUCUCUGACUCCACCUCAGCCUCACCUGUAGGUCGGACAUCUCCAUCAGUCCCUGAGACAGGAACUCCAUCUGCCCCCAGGACUACUUCUGUGACUCAAACAAUCAACUCUGCUGACACCACCUUUACUGAGGCUUCACCCACUCCUCCAUCAGAAGAGGUGACAUCUUCAGGAGGAGUGGGCUCCUCAGCUCCAACAACUCCACCUUUCAAUCAGACAGACACUCCAAUGACCACAGACACAUCCAUCGAAUCAACAACUACACCUUUAACAUUCUUCAAAUCAACAACUACACCUUUAGAAACCAUCAAAUCAACAACUACACCUUUGACAACCAUCAAAUCAACAACUACACCUUUAACAUUCUUCAAAUCAACAACUACACCUUUAACAUUCUUCAAAUCAACAACUACACCUUUAGAAACCAUCGAAUCAACAACUACACCUUUAACAUUCAUCAAAUCAACAACUACACCUUUAACAACCUUCAAAUCAACAACUACACCUUUAGAAACCAUCAAAUCAACAACUACACCUUUAGAAACCAUCAAAUCAACAACUACACCUUUGACAACCAUCAAAUCAACAACUACACCUUUAACAUUCAUCAAAUCAACAACUACACCUUUAACAUUCAUCAAAUCAACAACUACACCUUUAACAACCUUCAAAUCAACAACUACACCUUUAACAUUCAUCAAAUCAACAACUACACCUUUAGAAACCAUCAAAUCAACAACUACACCUUUGACAUUCAUCAAAUCAACAACUACACCUUUAACAACCAUCAAAGUACUAACUACACCUUCUUAUACCAUCAAAUUAACAACACCACCUCCUACAGCCACUGAAUUAACCACCACCCCUCCUACAUUGAGCAGAUCUCCAUCCAAACCAUCUACAUCCUCUGGAUCUACAUCCUCACCUUUGACGUCAACCUUACCCACAGAAGCAUCUACAACUACAACCAUCCAAACCACCAUUAGAACAACUCCACCUGCAGCUACAACAAUCACCAAAACAACAUCAGCUUCUCCUGAGACUACAACUACACCCAAGACCUCCAUCACAGCUGUAAGUACUUCUGCUUCAGACCUGGACCUCUGAUCUCUGUGGUCUCAUGUUUGAUGUUUGACUUGGACGCCUCUCAAAAUUCAGAGGGUCAACAGUAAGCUCCACCCCCUCCUGCUCCACCCUAAAACACCUAAAUCUCUAAAGGGAUAUUCCGGCGUAAAAUUAAUUUAGGGUCAAACACAACGGAACACCGAGUCAGACACCCCCUCCAGAGGUGAAUGUUGUUGGUAGACUGAUAGUUUGUUGACAGACUGUUGAUAGACUGUUGAUAGACUGUUGAUAGACUGUUGAUAGACUGUGGAUAGACUGUUGAUAGACUGUCUGUGGUCUGGAACAAACCGUCCACAUAACUGUUCAGACCUUCAGGACAGUGACCCUUUAAAGACAGACUGGACCAACACAAACCAGAGAGGACAAAGAAGACCAGCAGGGGGACGGACUUCACAAGAGAGGGAAUAUGUGAAUGAGCCGCCAGGUGGGCGUGUCUCUGAUAGAGCUGCCAGGUGGGCGUGUCCUUCAGCUCUGUCCUGAUUGGAUGGCAGAGCCUGAUGUCAGGUUCAGGUCUCAAAAAUAAAAUCUAUUGAUAGUUUUUCCUGUUUUCUCUAAAGCUCGUUUGUUAGUCCAGGUGACUGUCGUAGUUCUAAAAACCGCACAGAGAAGGACUUUGGUUCCUCCUGGAUCUUACUUGGACCCUCAUGUGAGAACAGCUUAGAUCCAGAAUCCUUGAUGGGAACUGGACUUGUGUUUGGACCUUAAAGGACGUUGACCUCAGGGCCACCUGGAGUUAGUGACAGUCCAAAAAUUGGAGGUUUACCUCUGACCUCUGACCCAUAAACUCACCUGAACCUCCUCUAAAUCCAUUCACCUGUAUGAUGUCACUUCCUGUUCUAGGUGUGGUCCUCAGAGGUUUCCCGCUGCUCUGUGAACUUCACAGAGAUCAGCUCCAGCUCAGACUCAGCCGUGGUUAAAUUCAGCGCCGCCACCGCCGCACUCUCCUGUAACUUUACUGUGGUCACUGAUGACCCCUCCCACACUGACUCCGCCCACUGUGACCCUGACGGAGAGUCCAGGACAGAGUUCACCUGUCUCAUCGAUGGUCUGAGACCUGGAACCGUUUACACAGUGAAGGUGAUGUCCACGAAGGACGGAGAGAAAAGAAACGUGUCCUUACGCACAGGUGAGAAACACACACAGGUGUGUAUUUAUGAUGUCAUAAAGGUCCUAACGCACAGAUGUGUAUUUAUGAUGUCAUAAAGGUCCUAAUGCACAGGUGUGUAUUUAUGAUGUCAUAAAGGUCCUAACGCACAGGUGUGUAUUUAUGAUGUCAUAAAGGUCCUUACGUACAGGUGAGAAACACACACAGGUGUGUGUAUUUAUGAUGUCAUAAAGGUCCUAACGUACAGGUGUGUAUUUAUGAUGUCAUAAAGGUGGGUUUUAUACAAAAUGAUGCAAAAACAUCAAACUUUGUGACUGUAAAUAAACACGAUCACUAACGCAGAGGUAAUAAUAAUAAUUAACAUCUCAGAUCCAUUUAAACUGUUUCGGUCUUUGAUUUCAUCACUUCCUGUUUUAGUCCACCGACGUCUCUGACUGUUUCGACGCUCACUGAUGAGAGGUCGUCUCAAAGUUCAAGACUAACUAACAAACAGACGGCUGAGAAGUGAAGAGACUAUCCGGCUAUCUACCUGACUAUUUAACUAACCACCUAGCUGACUAUCUACCUUACUAACUAACUAACUAACUAACUAACUAACUAACUAACUAACAAUAACUAAACUAACUGUCUGAAGAGCUGAUUUACUAACUUUUCCACUCAAAUCCUCAGUCCAGAGUCAACAGGUCAAUGUAAUCCUGAGUGAACAGGUGAGUUUUUUCUUUUCUGUAAAUGUUUAUUUUUUUAUAAAGACUGACUCACUGCAGGAAACUGCCUCUAGUGGACCCUGGAGGAACUGCAGAUGUUAUUGUUCAGUUUAUAGAUCAGGAAUGUUCUUUAUUAUUUCAGUUUUUCAGGUUCUGCCUGAAACUUUCCACAAAGUCCCCCCCCCCCCCCCCAUCUUCUAAGAGUGUUUAUUUUCACACACACACACACACACACACACACACACACACACACACACACACACACACACACACACUUCCCUCCUGUUAUUGUGUGUGUGUGUGUGCAGCAGGAUGUCCGAUCUGUGUUUGUUAAAGAACAGGAUGAUCUGAGUCAGAGAGGAGGAGGAGCUAAAAGGUUCUGAAGAACCCGAUCUUAUUGGUCUACAGGAGGAGGAGGAGGAGGAGGAGGAGGAGAAUAAUCGAUGAGGAGUAGCCAGCCAAUCAGCUGUCAGGGUCCUGAGGCACAAAAACAAACUCAGCCGUACUUCCUUCAGAAUUCAGGGGCUUUUAUUUUGAAAGGUCAGCAGAGCUGAUGGUCUGGUUUUCUUCUGGUUCCUCCUCUUCUGACCCAUCUCAGAACCUGCCAGCCCGACUCUCCUGAGGGUAGAACAGGUCCAGGAUCAGGUCUCCCAUAAAAGCCAGUCCAAGGUCAUCUCAGGUCCUCCGGCUCUGGAGGUCACCUGGUCUCCUUCAGCAGGUCAGGUGGACUGGUACCAGGUAACUGUGGAGGACCCGGGCUCAGGCUUGGUCCACAGCACCAGGAUCAUGGGCUCUGCUCCCCCCCAGACUGGAUUUGGUUCCCUGAUCCCCGGACACCUGUACACCGUCACUGUGGUCGCUACGGCGGGGGACAAGAGCGCCACACCUGUCCAAGCUUCAGCUGCUACAGGUGAGACAGGUUCUGAUCCACACAACACCUGUCCUACAGGUGAGACACCGGUCCACCUGGGGUCCCGUUUACCUGUGUCUUUAUGUCUCUUCUGCAGUCCCCUCACCAGUCCUCGGUCUGCAGGUGGCGUCCUCGUCUCCUCACAGUCUGGACGUGUUUUGGCGUGGAGGUCCAGGUGGAGUGGAGAGGUUCCGAGUUCUGCUGAUGGAUCAGGAUGAGGUUCUGUUGAAGAACUUCACUCUAAAAAACACGGACACUCUCGCUCACCUGGACCACCUGCAGCCUGGGACCCUGUACACAGUUACCGUGGUAACCGAGGCUUUGGGCCUGCAGAGCUCCACCUCAACACGAGCGUUCACAGGUGAGGAUCCAGUUCCCAAACACGCAUCAGAAGCACGCCGAAAUAAAACCAGGAUUUCACGCCAUCGCCGGAUUCCCAAACAUCAUUGGAGCCGUAGAUUUGACCACAUCGUAAUAAAAGAACCUUCAUACGAUCAAUUCAGUUUAGAUGACAGGAAAGGAUUUCAGUCAAUCAGUGAUCAAUAAUCUGAGACGAUCAUAUGGAUCUCUUAAACGUUGUUGGAGGAACGCACGACUGUGAGUGUGAACCGCCAUGAUUUCAGCGAGGGGGAAAAAAUCCAUUCAGGCGUUUUUAAAGGGAUUGUUGAUACCAUAUAUGGUCAGUUGGAGGCGUGUCUGAAUGUAAAUGACCCUAACCAUGAACGAGCUCGCCAGGAGAGGGCGGCAGGAGCUCAGGAGGUCGAGCGGUCGGCCAAUAACUGGAAGGUUGGCGGUUUAAGACCCACACAUCCCCAGAGUGUGUGGUUGUGAGUGUGUGGUUGUGAGUGUGUGGUUGUGAGUGUGUGGUUGUGAGUGUGUGAUUGUGAGUGUGUGAUUGUGAGUGUGUGGUUGUGAGUGUGUGGUUGUGAGUGUGUGAUUGUGAGUGUGUUAUUGUGAGUGUGUGAUUGUGAGUGUGUGGUUGUGAGUGUGUGAUUGUGAGUGUGUGAUUGUGAGUGUGUGAUUGUGAGUGUGUGGUUGUGAGUGUGUGAUUGUGAGUGUGUUAUUGUGAGUGUGUGAUUGUGAGUGUGUGAUUGUGAGUGUGUGGUUGUGAGUGUGUGAUUGUGAGUGUGUGAUUGUGAGUGUGUGGUUGUGAGUGUGUGGUGGUCGGAGAGGCUGUAGGUGUGAACUGUCAGCUGUGACUACUGAGGUGGUUUACCACCAUGGUGUGAAUGAAUGAAUGAAUGAAUGAAUGAAUGAAUGAUCCAAUGAAAAGAGGUUUGAGGUCUCUGACAAAAAUCGCUAUAAAAUCUGAUUUAUUAUUAUUAUUAUUAUUAUUGUUAUUAUUAUUAUUAUUGUUAUUAUUGUCAUUAUCAUUAUUAUUAUUAUUAUUGUUGUUGUUGUUGUUGUUGUUGUUGUUAUUAUUAUUAUUAUUGUUAUUAUUAUUAUUAUUAUUAUUAUUAUUAUUAUUAUUGUUAUUAUUAUUUUUAUUAUUAUUAUUAUUGUUAUUAUUAUUAUUAUUAUUAUUAUUAUUGUUAUUAUUAUUAUUAUUAUUAUUAUUAUUAUUUUUAUUAUUGUUAUUAUUAUUGUUAUUAUUACUAUUAUUAUUAUUGUUAUUAUUAUUAUUAUUAUUAUUAUUGUUAUUAUUAUUAUUAUUAUUAUUAUUGUUAUUAUUAUUGUUAUUAUUAUUAUUGUUAUUAUUAUUAUUAUUAUUAAUUUAUGAUUAUUAGUGGUGGUCGUCAAGAGUAGGCGGGGUUUAUCAUCCCCGAUAACGAACUCGUCUUCGUACGUCGGCGUGUUUGAGAAAUACAGAUUUUUGAAGUUUCAUUCCUGCGUCAGAAUCUCGAACCUUUUCUACGAUAAAUGAGGACCUAAGUGAGAACAGUCAGCAGGUAAACAAACAGGUGACUCCGACCUGAACACCUGUAACCCUGAAACCUCUGACCCCCUCAGAACCCGCAGCCGUCUCAGACCUGAUCCUGGACCACAACGGCAGCACAGACAGUCUGCGGUCCUCCUGGAGUCCACCUGAAGGGGGGGUGGACCUCUACCUGCUGACCCUCUCUGCUCAGGGAUCCAGACCCCAGGAGCUCCGCCUACCCCCCAACACCACCCAGCAGGUCUUCAAGGGUCUCACACCUGGACGCAGGUACGAGCUCAGAGUGAGGACCUCAAGAGGAGGACUGAGCUCAGAGACCAGGACCAGCUCCAGAACAGGUACUGAGUCUGAACUGGACCAGGUCUGAUCUUGUUUUCUUCGCCGUAUCCUGUUUGUUGUUUUUGAUCUUGGUGGCGCUGUGCAGACGAGGCUCCGCCCACUUUAGUGUUAUUAGUUUUAUCAGAUCUUUAAAUUCAGGAGUUCUAACCCGGCCUCGUCUCUCUGUCCCAGUACCUGCCCAGGUGUCCGCUCUCUCUAUGUCUGCGCUCAGAGGGGGCGGGGCUUUAAGGGUCAGCUGGUCGCUCCCUAGAGGAGACUGGGAGAAUUACGGCGUGCUGCUAAGGAACGGUUCUGAGGUUCUGUCAAACCUGACCGUCAGAAAACUCGCCUCGCAGGUCCACUUCUCCGCUCUGAACCUGGGCCUGCUGCCGGGUCGACUGUACCAGGUCCAGGUCACCACGCACAGCGGCAUUCUGGGUAACACGGCGUCCUGCUACGGACGACUGGGUCAGUUGGCGUGAAUAUUUGUAGAUGUUUUCUGUUGGUCCGGCGAGGAGAAAGAUUAGAGUUUCUAAACGUUCAUGAGUCACAUGAUCAACCUGCGCUCCUCUGCAGACCCCGCCCCCGUGCAGCAGCUGGUCGUCAGACGUGCCGAUGAGAGCGCUCUGAGCGUGCUCUGGAAUCAACCCCGCGGUGAGUGGGAUGGUUACACGGUGGUCCUCAGACAGACCGACCCCCCCGCCCUGCUGGACCAGAGGCUGCUCUCCUGGAGGGCCACAGACUGCACCUUCAACCUGCUCACACCUGGACGCAUGUACGCCAUCACCGUGACGACCAACAGUGGGAACCGGAGCAGCUCCGCCUCUGUGACGGCGCGCACAGGUACGUCUGAGCGUCAGUGACCAGGUAGAAUCAGACCGAGUCAGCAGGUACAAGGUUAAGGUCAAAGGUCAAAGGUCUUCUAGACAUAUCAACUCAUCCGUCUGGAGUCUGAUCGAUCAUUCCGAUCGAUCGAUCGAUCAUUUCGAUCGAUCGAUCGAUCGAUCGGUUCUUUAGUUUUCUCUCAGAGCUGUUCACCCUAAACCAGGUUCAGGUAGACCCCUGUUGUGUCCCCUCAGCUCCGGCUCAGGUGGGGGACCUGCGAGUCUCAAACGACGGCAGCACUGACAGCCUGCAGGUGGCGUGGGAACCGGCGUCCGGGGACGUGGACUCGUACAGCGUCCUGCUGGUCCACGACAGCAGCGUCAUCAAGAACCAGAGUCUGAAACCAGAAACCACCAGCAUCCGCUUCAACAACCUGAGACCAGGAGCGCUCUACAGGGUGGUUCUGACCACCAACCGGGCCGGACACGCCUCCAGACAGAGCGUCACAGAGGGACGCACAGGUGAGAGGCGGGGGGCGGGGCCUAAAUACAUGGGAGGGGGGAUUAAAUACCUGGGGUUCAUGGACACUUCUCGACAUCCUUUCAGACUCCAGAACCUGGUCUGCUGGGUCCACUAAGGUCUUUCACAAACCUGAGUCCGACUUCAGUUAGAAAAUCAACUGUGUGUGUGUGUGUGUGUCAGUGUAUGUGUGUGUGUCUGUGAGUGUGUGUGUGUGUGUGUGUGUGUGUGUGUGUGUGUGUCUGUGAGUGUGUGUGAGUGUGUGUGUCUGUGUAUGUGUGUGUGUGUGUGUGUUUGACUGUGUGUGUGUGUCUGUGUGUGUGUGUGUGUGUGUCUGUGAGUGUGUCUGUGUGUGUCUGUGUGUGUGUGUCAGUGUAUGUGUGUGUGUGUGUGUGUUUGACUGUGUGUGUGUGUCUGUGUGUGUGUGUGUGUGUGUCUGUGAGUGUGUGUGUGUGUGUGUGUGUGUGUGUGUGUGUCAGUGUAUGUGUGUGUGUGUGUGUGUUCAGGAUAUUAUUGAAAAGCAGGAAUUUGUCGGGAAUUUUUUAGGAAGUGUAGAAAACAUAAACAACGUUCUGUAUCUGAGCAGAGGAGUGUGUGUGUGUGAGUGUGUGUGUGUGUGUCUGUGAGUGUGUGUGAGUGUGUGUGAGUGUGUGUGUGUAGCAGGAAGUGGACGGUUCUAUUGUUAAACCAGUAGAGGAACAUUUUCUGCAACAGUGAAGGUCAGACCUGUGAGUGUGUGUGUGUGUGUGUGUGUGUGUGUGUGUGUGUGUGUGUGUGUGUGUGUGUGUGUGUGCUCGUGUGUGUGUGUGUGUGUGUGUGUGUGUGUGUGUGUGUGUGUGUGUGUGUGUGUGUGUGUGUGUGUGUGUGUGUAUGACUGUGUGUGUGUGUGUGUGUGUGUGUGUGUGACUGUGUGUGUGUGUGUGUGAUCUGUGGAUUCACUCGCUCACCUGUCAAUCACACCUGUUCCUCCCACAGUCCCAGCGGCGGUUGGCGAGGUGACGGUCAGUAACAACGGCCGGUCUGACUUCCUGAGCGUGUCGUGGCGUCCGGCAGCAGGUGAGGUGGAGGGUUACCUGGUUGCCCUUAGCGACAGUGAGCAAACUCUCCACAGCGUGUCGGUCUCUAAGAACAGCCCCGAGUGUGUGUUCAACUCUCUGGUGUCAGGACGCCUCUACAACAUCUCCAUCAGCUCCAGGAGCGGCUCCGCCCUCAACACCACCUACAUCCAGGAGAGGACACGUGAGCCGGCCCUUUCACUCGUUCAUAAACUCACACGUUCAUUAACUCACUCAUUCAUAAAUUCACUCAUUCAUAAACUCACUCGUUCAUUAACUCACUCAUUCAUAAAUUCACUCAUUCAUAAACUCACUCGUUCAUAAAUUCACUCAUUCAUAAACUCACUCGUUCAUUAACUCACUCGUUCAUAAAUUCACUCAUUCAUAAACUCACUCGUUCAUUAACUCACUCAUUCAUAAAUUCACUUGUUCAUUAACUCACUCAUUCAUAAAUUCACUCAUUCAUAAACUCACUCGUUCAUAAAUUCACUCGUUCAUUAACUCACUCAUUCAUAAAUUCGCUCAUUUAUAAACUCACUCGUUCAUAAACUCACUCGUUCAUAAAUUCACUCAUUCAUAAACUCACUCAUUCAUAAACUCACUCAUUCAUAAACUCACUAGUUCAUAAAUUCACUCAUUCAUUCACAGGUCAUUCUUUGAUAAUUAAAACAUUCAUUUAUUAACCUUUAAAUAAAGUCGUAAAUCAAGACAAACCAUGAGAGGACGUAUGUGGAUGUUCAUCCAUUCAUCCAUUCAUUCAUUUAUUUAGUCAUUCAUUCAUUCAUUGAUCCAUUCAUUCAUCCAUUCAUUCAUUCAUUCAUUGAUCCAUUCAUUCAUUCAUCCAUUCAUUCAUUCAUUCAUCCAUUCAGUCAUUCAUUAAUCCAUUCAGUCAUUCAUUCAUCCAUUCAGUCAUUUAUUCAUUCAUCCAUUCAUUCAUUCAUUCAUUCAUCCAUUCAGUCAUUCAUUCAUUCAUUCAUCCAUUCAGUCAUUCAUUAAUCCAUUCAGUCAUUCAUGCAUCCAUUCAGUCAUUCAUUCAUUGAUCCAUUCAUCCAUUCAGUCAUUCAUUCAUUCAUUCAUUCAUCCAUUCAGUCAUUCCCCCGAUAAUUUCACUCAUUCAUUCUGUACAUGUAUUCAUGUAUUCACUUAUUAAUUACCCCCCUCCCCGGUCAGGCCCCGCCCCCGUCCAGAGUCCCACAGCCUCUCACUCGGCGCGCGAUGAUUACCUGAAGGUGUACUGGCGUGCGGCGUCCGGUGACGUGGACUCGUACCGGGUCUUCAUCAAACACAACAACCAGGUCCUGCAGAACCAGACGGUCCUGAAGACGCAGAGCGAGUGCGUGUUCCACGGCCUGUUGCCCGGGCGACUCUACACCGUACUGGUGACCACGCGCAGCGGGAAGUACGAGACCACUGCGUCAACGCACGGCAGGACCUGUGAGUGACCUUUGACCUCUAUGACACUGACAACACCUGGAUACACCCGCAACGAACCCCUAAACACUGCAAACACACGCCACACACCUGAAACACACCUGAAACAUUCUGAAAACACACACCUGGAAAAAAAACACCUGGAAAAAAAAACACCUGAAAAAAAACACCUGGAAAAAAAACACCUGGAAAAAAAAACACGUCAAACACAUUUGAAACAUACGAUAAAAACCUGUGAACUCACCUGUGAACUCACCUGUACAGGUGUGUCUGAGUGUAAACCGAGUAGAUACUCUGAUUUAAAGGAUGGGGGCGGGGUUAAAUGUCCAGGUGUGUUUCUUCUUCAGUCUGAACUCUGAUUGGCUGAGACCCGCAGACGGUCUCACCUCGUCUCUGUUUGUCAGUCCCAGCAGCGGUCCGGUCUCUGGUCCUGGCGGGUCAGGGGACAGAGGAGCUGCGGGUCAGGUGGGCGGCGGCUCCAGGUGACGUGGAUCACUACGAGGUUCAGCUGCUCUUCAACGACAUGAAGGUGUUUCCUCCCGUCACGCUGGGCAGCGGCGUGGAGGAGUGCGUCCUGUCCUCGCUCACACCUGGACGCCUCUACAAGGUCCUGGUGUCCACCUUCAGCGGCCCUAACCAGAGGGCGGAGUUUAUUGAGGGCCGCACAGGUGAGAUCAAUCACAUGCACACCUGUGUGAGGUCACUGGGAACAGGAAGAGCUCACCUGUCCUCUCAGGUGACAGAGCAGAGGUUGAGGUCUCCGAUGAUCAGGGUGAGAUAGUCCAGGUGUGUUGGACAGGUGUCCUCUGGGAGGUUACCUGAGCUGUGUUUGACCCCGCCCCCUUCCUUCCCCUCCUCCUCCACCUCUGUAGUUCCCAGUAAAGUGAAGAACAUCCAGGUGAGUAACGGCGGGGACAGCAGCAGCCUGAAGGUGAGCUGGACACCUGCUCAGGGGGACGUGGACGGAUACUCGGUCUACCUGUUCAGACAGAGCCGCCGGCUGGACGUCCGUCUGGUCCUCAAACAGCAGAGCGAGGUGACCUUCGGCUCCCUGCAGCCCGGACAGGUGUACCAGGUGAUGGUUCAGUCCACCAGUGGAAAUCUGCACAACAACAGCUCCGCCUCCGGACGCACAGGUACGCCUCUCUGUACUGUGGUUCUCAACGGGUGUCACUCUGGGACGACAUUUUCCCAUGAUCCUUCAGUCACGACCCACUUUUAUAAAAUUCAAUCCAAACAAAUUUAUUUAUUUUUAUUAAAACCUCUAAAGUCUCAAAUCUUUGACAUAAAUUCACCGUUUAUUUUAGAGCAGAUGAUCUGAGGACGACAACUGCCGAAGUUUCGUGUGCAGAAAAUAUCGAAUCACCAAAAAUAGAGAAGAGCAAAAUAAAAAAACGGACUGAUGUGUAUCUCUGAGGAGGACGGAAGUGAAGAAACAACAAAUUAAACAAAUGAAGACGAAUAAAUCAUAAGAAACAGGACGUAACACCUGCCUUUCAAAAUAAGAUAUUUUUCAAAAUAAAAGACAUGUCAAACAUCAGAUUCACAUCAAAUAUUUUGACCAGCUGUUCGUGACCCGUCCAGAACAUGUCCACGACCCACUUCUGGGUCUGGACCCACCCGUUGAGAACCAGUGCUGCUGUAGAUGAUGGUGUGUGAGGACAGAGGGACAGGUGUGAUGGUCUCUGUGGUCUCAGUCCCCUCAGCUGUCACAGGGCUGCAGGUGGUGGACCUGCUCUCCACCUGUCGUCUUCAAGUGAGCUGGCAGGAAGCUCUGGGCGUGUCCGACGGUUACCUGCUGCAGCUCCACGACGACAGAGGAGGUCUGCUCGCCAACGCCUCGCAGCCUUCGGGACACACCAGCUUCACGUUCGACCACCUCACUCCGGGGAAGAAGUACCGAGUCCUGGUCCAGACCAGCAGUGGAGGGGUUCACAGCCCGGGGGUCAGCACAGAGGCCCGCACACGUAAGACUUCCUGUUUAUGUUAGAAGACUUCCUGUUUAUGUUAGAAGACUUCCUGUUUACGUUGGAAGACUUCCUGUUUAUGUUAGGAGACUUCCUGUUUAUGUUAGAAGACUUCCUGUUUACGUUGGAAGACUUCCUGUUUAUGUUAGAAGACUUCCUGUUUACGUUAGAAGACUUCCUGUUUACGUUAGAAGACUUCCUGUUUAUGUUAGAAGACUUCCUGUUUACGUUAGAAGACUUCCUGUUUAUGUUAGAAGACUUCCUGUUUAUGUUAGAAGACUUCCUGUUUACGUUAGAAGACUUCUGAGAGUUAAAGUGACCUGAUCAGAGACCAGGGUGUGUGUGUGUGUGUGUGUGUGUGUGUGUGUGUGUGUGUGUGUGUGUGUGUGUGUGUGAAAACUUGGUUGAUAGAAGACGACAGGUUUCUACACCAGAACAAAGACGGACGAAUAAAACGACAUUUUCACACGUUCUCCUGGAUCCCAGAUCCGUUUCCCUGACUCCGUGUUUUUACUCAGACCUGAUCUGAGAUGAUGGACCUGCUGAUGAUCUCGGGUCGAACCUCAGACCUCCUCAGGUUUUUAGACCCGUGUUUUACUCAGACCUGAUCAGAGUCCUGACGGUGGUCUCCCUGUUCCAGGACCUGCUGCGGUCACUGACCUUGUGAUUAAAACCAACACCACCUCCAGUCUGACCUUCACCUGGACUCCACCUGACGGAGAAUUUGACCCCUACGAGAUCUUCCUGUACCGACACGACGACUCGCUGCAGGAGACGCCGCGCAGAACUCGCACCGGCAGCCGACAGGUCUCCUUCCAGGGCCUCACUCCUGGAGCCCCCUACAGGCUGGUGGUGGUUACACAGAGUGGGGGGCUCAGCAACCAGUCUGCCAUCUGGGCAAGGACAGGUGAGGGGGCGGGGCUUACUCUGAUCCUACACACCUGAUGAUCGUGUAAACAUCCAUUCAUGUGUGCUCUGCUCAAGGUUAACCAAGGUCAGACUAAACCUCACACACCGGGAACGACGCAAAUAUCCGACACGGAAUUACGAAAUAUCGGAAGGUGAAUUUUGACGCGUCUGACUGAACACUUCAAGCGCGAUGUGAUUGUGAUUGGGGUAAAAAGACGCGUCCCGGUCUUCAGGUGUUAGACUGAUCCGACAGCAGACUGAGUGUUUUCAGUUCUGAUGUCUGUCUGUCAUGAUGGACUGAGUCGGGUCAGAACCAGAUAAACACAUGAAACUAUAAUCCAUAAAUGUGAGGGAACAACAGAGACCUGAUGGAGCUGUGACUGAGUUUACAGUGAAAAUACAGAUGGUCUGUUGUAUCUGAACAGGUUAGCUUAGAGCUAAAGUUACGUUAGCACAGAUGAAAGUUCAAACAAAGACGUUUAUCAAACUGUUCAAGUUCACAAACCAUCGUCAUCGGGGAAAUACGACACUAUGACUCUCCACAAGUCGUCCUUCAGGUCGUUAUCUUUGUAACGUUUGUGUUCUCAUGUCCGAUCAUCUUCAUCAUCAUCAUCAUCAUCAUCAUCAUCAUCAUCAUCAUCACCAUCAUCAUCUUCAUCAUCAUCAUCUUCAUCAUCAUCAUCAUCAUUAUCAUCAUCAUCUUCAUCAUCAUCUUCAUCAUCAUCAUCAUCUUCAUCAUCAUCAUCAUCAUCAUCAUCUUCAUCAUCAUCUUCAUCAUCAUCAUCAUCAUCAUCAUCAUCAUCAUCAUCAUCAUCUUCAUCACCAUCAUCAUCACCAUCAUCAUCAUCACCAUCAUCAUCAUCAUCAUCAUCACCAUCAUCAUCAUCAUCAUCAUCAUCACCAUCAUCAUCAUCAUCAUCAUCUUCAUCAUCAUCAUCAUCAUCAUCAUCAUCAUCAUCAUCAUCAUCAUCAUCAUCAUCAUCAUCAUCAUCAUCAUCAUCAUCAUCAUCAUCAUCAUCAUCAUCUUCAUCAUCAUCAUCAUCAUCAUCUUCAUCACCAUCAUCAUCACCAUCAUCAUCAUCACCAUCAUCAUCACCAUCAUCAUCAUCACCAUCACCAUCAUCAUCAUCAUCAUCAUCAUCAUCAUCAUCUUCAUCAUCAUCUUCAUCGUCUGUUCUUCCUCUCCUCCUCCGGACUCGUCUUCAGUCCCAG